UGCCGCCUCCUCUGUACUUAUACAUGAUUAUGAAUAUAGGAUCCUGGGCAAUGGAUGACUUGAUCAACACAACACCCACGUACCCUGCAAGACUGAUGGCAUCUUAAGUGACACACUUAACCUUUACUUCUCGACGUUUGUCUUAACUUAAGGACACUACAGCGAAGACGCGUUGCUAACACAAUCCAAGACGCCCUUUAAAUCUUUACAACAUAACAAAACGCCCAAAUUGCUAGCAAAGCGUAAGCAGACUGCCAGACAGAAAUGGCGUCCCUACUGGUGCCUGCCUUGUUGGGUCUGAUGGCAUGCUGUUGCGUAGUUACAGGACAAACAACCACAUAUGGGGGAUAUGGUGGUAGUGGUAGUGGUGAAGUGCCAACCACUCCUGACGGGCCGAUUACCACCAUCGGAACAACUACUGAUGUUGUGCUAACUACGACAACUGUUGCAACCACUACUGAGGAGACAACCAGUGAGAGUGGUGGUAGUGGUAGUGGUAGUGGUGAAGAGCCAACCACCGCUGCCAGUUCAACUUCAUCCAAUACGGCCACGCCCGCGGACUUGUCGUCGAGCUGUUUCGCCUGCAGUGCAGACAACACUGCUGAUGUAAAUGACCCGUGCCUGGUCGGACCUAUGAUGGCGAUGUCCCAACCUUGUCCUGUCGGAGUCUGCAUUACCAUCCUGCGGGAAGACACAAACGGCACCAUCCUCCUGUUUGAGCGGAGGUGUCACAUCGCUGCCUGUACUGGCGACAACUCAGACGGCGUGUUCUCCAGCACAGCCGGGGGAGACACUGAGUACCAGAAGUGCUGUGACGACGCCGCUAACUGCAACACCAUCAGUUAUAACGAGCUGAGAGGAACAGCGACCAGGGCAGUCACGUGCACCAGCAUGGCUGCCGUCUUGAUCAGUGUCAUCACACUUUUGGCUCUGUAA